GACUAUAUAAGGACCAAAGCUGGACCUCGAGGGUGGUCCAGCUUUGUACUCUUGACGCACUCACAUGUGCCCGCUGUUUGACUGAAGCAAAACUGCACUGUCCAUCAUGAAGAAAAGCGCCGACAUCCAGGAGCAGCCCGCAGUGGCUGUGUCCACAGGGUUCGACGAUGACCUCCAAAAGCCCGACCUGACCCAGCGCCACGGCGUCAAGCAGAUGGACGUUGAGUCCACCGCUCUCGCAGACGCCAUCGCCAAGGAUGCGCCAGACUACAGGUCCACCACGCAGAUCAAGCUGUACGCCAUGAUGGCGCUCUGCGUCCUGAACGGCAUUAUGAAUGGCUACGACGGCUCCGUCAUGAGUGCCAUCAAUGCCAUGGAUCCCUUUCAAGACCGCUUCAAGAUUGGCAUGACCGGCAACUUGAACGGUGCCGUGUUCUCCAUCUACACCGCUGGCAGCAUCGUGGGCAGCCUGGGCUGCGGCUUCAUCAUGGACAAAUGGGGCCGUCGUGCGGGCAUGUUCAUGGGUGCCGGUUUCAUCGUCCUCGGCUCCGUGCUGCAGGCUAGCAGCCACCACCUCCCCCAGUUCAUGAUCGGCCGCUUUAUUGUCGGGUUCGGCAACCCCAUGUGCGCGACGACUGCCGCCGUCUUCAUCGUCGAGCUAUCCUACCCCACGUGGCGAGGUUUGGCUGGUGGACUGUACAAUGUGCUCGGAUGGAACAUUGGUGCCAACAUCGCUUCCUGGGGCUGCUAUGGCACCAACUACAUUGCCAACGACUGGUGCUGGAGGAUCCCCUACAUCAUCCAGCUCUUCUUCCCCGCGGUCGUCUUCUGCCUCGUCUGGUUCCUGCUCCCCGAGAGCCCCCGCUGGCUCUGGGCCAACGGACAAGCCGAUCGUGCUAGGGAAAUCUUGGUCAAGUACCAUGGCAACAAUAACCCGGACUCGGCUCUCGUCAAGCUCGAGAUUAUCGAAAUGCAGGAGGCUCUCGAGGCCGAGGAGGCGACCAGCAACCGGAACCUGAACUACAAGGUCCUCGUCGACAACCGGCCCAACCGCCUCCGCCUGUGGCUCCUGUGCCUCGUCGCCGUCUUUGCCAACUUCAUCGGUGGCUCCGUUAUCUCGUACUACCUGCCUGUCAUGGUCAACGACAUUGGUAUCACAGACUCCCGCCGCCAGCUGCUGAUCAACGGUAUCAACACCAUCGUCAGCUUCAUAGCCGGUCUCUUCGGCUCCUUCUUCGUCGACAAGUUCGGCCGUCGUCCUUUGUUUCUGUGGGGCACGUUCCUCACCGGGCUCGUCUACAUCCCGAUCAACGUGCUGGCGGCCCGUGCAGAGGGCUACGACGAGGGCGCCAUCCCUCGGUCGCAGGCAUACGCCUUCAUCGCCAUGGUGUUCAGCUACGGCAUCUUCUGGGGCUUCUGCUGGACGCCUCUGCAGGCCCUGUACCCAGCGGAGAUCCUGAACAACGAGAUCCGCGCCAAGGGGAUGGGUGUCAAGGGUCUCCUGACGGGCCUGUCGAGUUACAUCAACACGUACGGCACCUCGGUGUCGCUCAAGAACAUUGGCUGGAAGACCUACACCAUCUUCCUCAUCCUCCACUUUGUGCACAACGCGCUCAUGUGGUGGUCGUGCGUGGAGACCAAGGGACGCACGUUGGAGGAGAUUGACGAGAUCUUCAACGACCCCAAGCCGGUCAAGAGAAGUCUGCAGAAGACGACAAUCAUCUCUGAAGCGGGUGCGGGUAUCCAGAUCAAGGAGGAGAGCGCGUGAGGGGUCUGCUGUGGGAACUGGAGGUCUAUUUGAAUUCCGGGAGUUCACGGAUCGUUU